AUGGAAACGUCCGGCUCUAAGGGAGAGGUGAAAACGGAGCGGUGCAAUGAGGCGGAAGCGUCAGCGGUGAUAGAAGCCGCAGGAGCCGCGGCGACUGAUGGUACAGAAUUUACGGCGAAAGUUGCAGGAGACGCACCGAUUGAAGCUACAGCAGCCGUGGCGAGUAAAUUCGCAGGAGACGCGGCGAUUGAAGCAGCAGAAAAAGCGGAAAUCAAAGUCGAAAGUGGGCCGGUUGACCAUGUGGAGAGACGAGUGGAAGAAACGUCAGUUCCGGCUGGUGAAGCGAGCGAGGAUGUGAAGAUGGAAGACGUAAACGUCGCGGGCCACGGCAGCAACGAUGCGACUGAUGUCAGCAACCUUGCGACUGAGGCCAGCCAAGGUGCAACUGACGGCAGCAACGACGCGAACAAGGAUGACGGCACUGGCGAUGUCGGCGCUGCGAGCGACAAGGAUGGCGACACUGCGAAGGAUGACGCCGAGGCGAGGUCUGCAAAUCCCGCAAUGGAUGACGACAGCGCCGCUAAUUGCAGCUCCCCUCGGGCGACGUCACCAAGGGCUAACGACGCUUCGGCGAUGUCGCCUCCUAGAGACCCCGCAGUCGCCGCGCUAGGCGUUGAGACCAACGGCGACACGCCUCCGCCGUCAAAGCCUGGUGCCGGCACGCCGAGCUUCUCCGUGGGGACGCCGUCAGUUGCGGCGGAUACUCCGCGGCAGAAGAAUAUUAGUCCGGACAGCCAGUCCAGCCUGGUCGAUCCAGGCCUGGUCGCAGAUGAGAACGCGGCGCCGUUCACCAUCAGCCAAUGGCAGCAGCUGGAGCAGCAAGCGCUCAUUUCAAGUACCUCGUCUCCGGCGCCGCCGUCCCUCCUGAACUCAUCGACUCGCUCUAUUCCACCUCGGACUCGCCUCGCCAAUCACCCGACGGCCCUGGCGGUGACGGACCAGAAGUACUGCGAGCGCCACAUGCACCGCGGCCGAAACCGGCUGGGCAAAUCGCGAAGGCUCAGCGACAAGGCGACGGCCGGAUCGUCGCUGUCCAUCCAGGCCGCAUCGUCCGAGGGGCCCAUGGGGUGCGUGGAGGGCACGUGCUCCGCCAUGACUGACACGUGCACCGACACGCCCUGCCACAAGGGCCUCGUGCCGAAGUUCGAGCUCGGUUCGGUGUCGAAGAUGGAAAUAGGCUCGGUGUCGAAGCUGCGGUUGAACACGGACGAUGUGGGCUCGACUGUUACCCGCGGGUCCCCUCCGCCUCCGCUUGCGCUGCCCCCGCCCGCGCAGCCUGUCGGCGCGGACCAGGCGCGCACUCCCGCCUCCAAGACCUCGGGCCUUGGUUGCUCCAAGCAACUCGCCAUCGAGCUGUCCCCGGAGAACACGGGAUCACCCGUCCCGACCAACCAACAGCCCCACGACCCUGCGUGCACCCCGUCCGCUACUGCUGCUCCCGCCGCCUCUGCCAGCGCAGUCACUGGCUCCGAUACCGCUGCAGCCCCGCCGUCCCGUGCCAUGUUCACCCCGUUCGGCCUCCCUGAGCCCACGCCCGCUCCUUCCACUUCCUCCGCGCCUCCCCCUGAAGCCGCAUCCAACAGUAAGUUGCUCGUCUCUGGCGGCUCAGACUGUUACAACCCUCAGCAGCCGCAGCAGCAGCAGCAGCAGCAGCAGCAGCAGCAGCCCUUUGAGCAGCAGCAGCAGCAGCAGCCCUUUGAGCAGCAGCAGCACUUCGGGGCGGACCCGCGGCUGCAGAAGUCGCAGUCAAUGCCGUGCCACAGCAGCGGCAGCAGCAACGGCCGGAUUCAGCUGCAGCUGAACGGCUCUCUGGGCCCUCGCCUCACCUCCACCUUCCAACCCGGGCACAGCAUAGUGGAAGGCGACGAAGGCAGCCCCGCCCCCAUGCCUCCGCAGCAGCCACAGCAGCAGCAUGCGCUGAUGCCCUCGCGAUCCAUGCCGCCCCGCCAACAGCAGUCAGGUGCGUCAAACGCCCUGUACUCUCAGCAGCAACAGCCUGCCGGGCGCAUGGGCUCGCCGCCUCGCAUGCAGCGGUCCACGUCGCUGGUGCUGGGCGGCGGGCAGCGGCUGUGUCUGCAGGUGCCGCCCAGCGGUAACUCACGGACGCCCGUCUCCUCCAGCGGAAUGGCGCCUGCUGGUGCCGCUGCUGGUGCUGACACUGCUGGCGCUGGUGGUGGUAACGGCGUGGGGCAGCUCCAGCCGGGGCACUACCAGCUGCAGACGGGCGGACGAGGUCCCAAUGGCGCUCCACAGCAGCAGCAAGGUAUGGACCAGGCGGGGCAACCACAGCCCCAGCAGACGCCAUACACCCCUCAGCAGGGGCAGUCGAGGCAGGGCGCGGCGCAGAGAGGCGAGGCGUGCAAGUUCAGCUCGCGCGCCCUGGUGCUCAGCGGCGAGCCUGAGUCCCCUGAAACCCACCCUCUCGUCUCCGCCCGCUCUGCUUAUUCUGACGGGGCACCCAAGGCCCAGCAGCCACUGCAGCAGCAGCAGAUGCGGGUGCAGCCAGUCCAAGGGCAGCAGCAACCCAUGAACGUGCAGCAUCAGGCGCAGCCGCAGCCACAGCAUCAGCCUCAGCCGCAAGUGUCUGUGCAGCAAGCGCCGCUGCAGCAAGCGUCGGUGAUGCAGCCACAGCCAAUGCAAACCACAGCCAUGUCCGGUCCCCCUCAGCCAAUGCGAGCCCCGCGUGGAUCCAUGCUGCCUCCCCCUCCCCCCAAUGUCCAGCCGCCUCUCCAGCAGCAACAGCCGCACUCCCAAACCCUCCCCAUGCCCCUCGGGGGACUCGCCUCUUCCAGCAGCACCACCAGCAGCACCAGCAGCGGUGGGGGCGUGAAGGUGCCUCUGCUGCGCCUGCCCAGCCUCGUCCAGAGGCCGCCCGCCCACCCGUCCCCCUUGGGCCCGCCUCCCUCCAGCCUCAGCAGCCACGGUUCUGGUCUGUCGGCAUCCAGUAUGGCAUCUCCAAUUGGCACCCCCGUGGGCACCCCUAUGGGCGCGCCUCACAGCAACCCCUACGUGCUCACGCGCUGCAGCUCCGUGCCUGAGCCCAGGCAUGGGCGGCCGCACCUCAUGCGCUCCCAGUCCAUGUUUGAGUCGCCCCGGAAGAGCUUCAUUCAUCCUCCCUCUGCCUGUGCUGACGACCGGCAGCAGCAGCAGCAGCCACCACAGCAGCAGCAGUCUGGACUCUCCAUCGACAUGUUUUUUAGUGACGACAGUCCAUGGGAGGAGGCAUCAGCCUUGAUUGGCCGCUCACCCAAUCUGGGUCCGCUGCCGUGUGUGGAAGACGCUGACGACUGCGGCCUCAUCAGCGGGCCGCCCUCACAGUACUUCUCUGUCAACCCUUCCGACUCCCAGGAUGCCUUCCUGGCCGCCUGA